UGAAUGAGGAUUCAAAACCGUUGACUACGAUUACCUCCCAGUUGACACGUUACUUUUCCAGAUGACUGUCUAUAUGAUGACCGAAUCAUACACAACUGCCAGUGUAAUUAACAUGUAAUGCAAAACAUGAUCAGCAUGAACUAGUACUGUGUCACAUGUCUUGCCGUGUAAGUUCUCUCUUCUUAUAAGCUAGAGAAAAACAAGGCAAAUGAAUCAUAGAAAGUAGCUAGCUAGGGAUAAAUUAAAAGCCGUCCAUCUGUACCUCUCCCUUCAGCACGACUGGACUUCAUUUUCCUCCGUCAUGGCCGAAACCUUUCAAAGAGUGACUCCCAUCUUCGUCCUCAUUCUCUUCACUAUUUUCACCUUCUCAUUAAUCCCGGUCACUGCAGAAAAGAACCAUCGCUUCUCAAGAACAUUAUCUCCUGCAAAACUUGGACUCAAGCAAGAGAAACUAAGCCACCUCCACUUCUACUUCCACGACAUCGUCGCCGGAAGAAACCCUACUGCCGUCAGAGUUGCGGAGGCCCUCAUGACGAACAGGUCAUCGACAGGUUUUGGUGCCGUGGUGAUGAUCGACGACCCCUUGACCGUGCGGCCGGAGCCGAACUCCAGAAUCGUGGGAAGAGCGCAAGGAUUAUAUGCAUCUGCUUCGCAAACUGAGGUGGGCUUGUUAAUGGUGCUGAACUUUGCUUUCAUUGAAGGGAAGUAUAAUGGUAGUACUCUCAGCGUAUUGGGGCGGAACACUGUGUUCUCGCCCGUGAGGGAGUUUCCGAUCAUUGGUGGGAGCGGGCUUUUCCGGUUCGCACGGGGGUAUGCUCAUGCCAGAACUCACGUGUUUAACCUCACAAGUGGGGAUGCUGUUGUGGAGUAUAAUGUCUACGUCUUCCAUUAUUGAUGUGUGUUUCUUUGCUUUGUGUUGCACUUUCUUUAAAGAGACUUAUUUGACUUCUUUGGAUUUUAGACAUUGGUAUUUGACUAUUUUGCUUUGAACAAUGGAAGAACUGUUGGUCAUUUUGUUA